AACACCGAUCACUUCCAGUUCCCAACAACGGUCACAAACUGCAUCAGAAAUUUAGAACCCUAAUUCUUCAUUUUCCAGAAUCUAAUUGCACCAACUCAAACAAAUCUCCAGCUUUAACAUAGAACAAUCAGAAUAUGCAAUUACGGUGUAUUGUUCUCCACAUCAUCAGUUUACUCAUAGUCGUUGCAAUUAAAUCGGCUUCUUCGAUCUGUGAAUUCAGUGUUAUUCAAGACAACAAGCUUUAUAGCUACAGUUUGGCAUCUGCUUCUGCAUCGUUUCCUCAUGGUGUUCUCAGUGAAGACGGAUUUUACAAGGUGUCGUCUAACGGGACAGUGGUUUGGUUUCAGCUUUGCGAUGGAAUGAUUUUCAACCAUGAUCCACCAAGAUGUUUUGAUUGCUGGGAAUGUGGGGGAUCAUCUAGAUGUGGGACGGGUUGCAGUGCCCUUAUGUCGAAUAAUACGCUAGGGGAUUAUCCUGUAUGUACUACUAUUGGAAGCACCCAAAGCAUCACCACAAAUCUCAUUGAUAAAGAGAAUCCAGGCAAGGGUGUCGCUGUUGAAAUGUGGCACCAAGGUCCCGAAAUGAAUUGCUCACUCUCUGUUUCUGUUAUCUGUGAUUCAAAGCAAGUGCAAGGACCUAAGACACUUGAAAAAGUUGGCAAUUGUCACUUUGCUACUCAAAUAACACAUCCAGCUGGUUGUGCCAAUGUUUUGGCUACCAAAGGCAAUGGAUUGGGCUGGUUCAGUACCCUCUUAGUCAUACUUUUGUGUCUCUUUGGAAUUUAUCUGAUAACUGGAUCUGUUUAUCGUUUCUUCUAUCUUGGCAUUCGUGGUAUAGACAUUAUUCCGAACUUGGAAUUUUGGGCCAGCUUGCCACAUAGGGUUCAGAGUUCAUUUAUGUCACUGGUUCGAAGAUUCAGAGGACCCUCUCAACGUUACCGGAGCUCCUACUCCCCCGUUGACUUUUGACUUUCUAGACAUUGUUUCGACGAUUGCUCUAACAUGGUUGGAAGUAAUUCAUAUACUGACUGAUUCGGUUCGUGCAGAAACAAACAUAAAUUGCUGUAUUUUGUAUGCAUCUGUCGUCACGGAAAUUAUAUUUGAUUAAACAUGAUAUUAUACGCGAGGUGUACAAUGCGGAUUUUGCUGUAUCAGAAGUUUAGAUUUCGAGGUUUUCGUUCCAUUGUUUAUCAGAUGUUGUGAUCAUCAUGCUUUGCCGAAAAUGUUAGAUGGGAGGAUUCAUUUCA